AUGAAUGAAUUUUAUUAAUUCUUUCAUGUGAGCCCCGUGAUAAGUUAUAUGGUGAUUUUUCGAUAUUGAUUUCUAGAUUAUUUUACGUAUCAUAUUAAAAAUUAGGGACAUAAAAGGAGGUGAUGGAGCAAUGACUGAAACAAGCAGACAGUGCUAAUUCUACAAUUUCCAAAUUUACCGAGAAAGAUUUAUGAAAAAAUUAAAACGAAGGCGUGGAAUUUUGCCAAAGUCCAGAGCCGAUGACGACACUGACGACAGCAUCAGCAAUAAACUCGAAGCCAAUGCCGGCCGGAGUACUGUGCUUCAUCAUCGGCGAUAACUGAGAUGGUCGUCCGCGGCUGAUAGUAUACAUUGUGCGCCCCGAGAUUCAGCGAGGGAAAAAUAAAUAAACAGGGAUCCUGAAUCUCAGGGCAGCGUGUGUGACGAUUGCACCAGGUAUGGCGCACCAAUUGCUCUUCUCAGCCAGCAAGCUGGAGAGGCUAGUCUUGCAGUCUGCUCAGAAAGGUUAUUUCGACACGUUUCAGCUGAGACGUCAGUUAUCACAACUUAAAAAUAGUACAACACUAUCUGCCAUCGAGCAUGUACAGCAGAAGUGGAGAUUAUUUUGUAAAGAGCCACCUAAAGGAUUCGAAAAAUUUUUUAAACCAGGUGAAGGUAAAUCUGGCAAAAAUGGUAAAAAUGCUACCAAAAAAGUAGAAGAAACAAGUAAAAAAGCUGAUACAAAAACACCUCCUCCAUCUUCAUCUACUUCUACCUCUACAUCGUCAUCUAGUUCCAAAGAAUCAAGUUUCCAGUGGAUAUCUAAGAUCUUUGGAAACAGCUCACGAGGAGGUAAAUCUUUCGAAGGUGGUGAUAAGGAAAAAACAUAUAUGAUUUUGGUUGCACUUGGAAUAAGUGGUCUGAUUGGAUUGCUACUUUCCCAAGACUUAAAUCUAAAAGAGAUUACAUGGAGAGAAUUUAUAUAUAAUUAUUUAAAUAAAGGUCUUGUCGAAAAGUUAGAAGUAAUAAAUAAGAAAUGGGUGCGUGUGAAGCUUUUACCUGGAUAUACUGUCGAUGGUUCUAAUACACUAUGGUUUAAUAUUGGAAGUACAGAUACUUUUGAAAGAAAUUUAGAAAAUGCACAAUUAGAAUUGAACAUGGGACCUGAGAAUUAUAUUCCUGUGAUCUACAAAAAUGAAGUAGAAACUGCAAACCUUCUAUCAUAUCUUCCGCAGAUUAUUAUGUGGGGAUUCCUCAUUUUCUUAAUACGAAGAUCUGCGGAAGCAAUGUCUGGUAAAGGAGGUAAAAGGGGUGGACUUUUUGGUCAAGUAAUGGAAUCAACUGCGAAACUAAUAAAUUCGAAAGAUAUUGGCGUACGAUUUAAAGAUGUAGCCGGAUGUGAAGAAGCUAAAAUCGAAAUCAUGGAAUUUGUAAAUUUCCUAAAGAACCCACAACAAUACAUAGAUCUUGGAGCUAAGAUUCCAAAGGGUGCUAUGUUAACAGGGCCUCCUGGCACUGGCAAAACUUUGUUAGCUAAAGCUACAGCUGGUGAAGCAAAUGUACCGUUUAUUACAGUAUCAGGUUCAGAAUUUUUGGAGAUGUUUGUAGGUGUCGGUCCUUCUAGGGUCCGCGAUAUGUUUUCCAUGGCACGAAAACAUGCACCAUGUAUAUUAUUUAUUGAUGAAAUCGAUGCAGUUGGGCGAAAAAGAGGAGGUCGAAAUUUUGGCGGACAUUCUGAGCAAGAAAAUACGUUGAAUCAGCUUUUAGUAGAAAUGGAUGGAUUUAACACGACGACCAAUGUGGUUGUAUUAGCGGCGACUAAUAGGAUAGACAUUCUAGAUAAAGCAUUAUUAAGACCUGGUAGAUUUGAUAGACAAAUAUUUGUUCCUGCUCCGGAUAUCAAAGGACGAGCGUCCAUUUUCAAAGUGCAUUUAGCUCCUUUGAAAACAAAAUUAGAUAAAGAUGAAUUAGCACGAAAAAUGGCAUCUUUGACUCCUGGAUUUACAGGAGCAGAUAUUGCAAACGUUUGCAAUGAAGCAGCUCUAAUUGCGGCAAGAGAUUUGAAUGAUAACAUUCAUCUUAAAAACUUCGAGCAAGCUAUUGAGAGAGUAGUUGCUGGCCUGGAAAAGAAGACCAAAGUGUUACAACCAGAGGAAAAGAAGACAGUUGCAUACCAUGAGGCUGGUCAUGCGAUAACUGGUUGGUUCUUAGAGCAUGCAGAUCCACUUUUAAAGGUAUCCAUUAUUCCACGAGGUAAAGGACUAGGAUACGCUCAAUAUUUGCCACGUGAACUAUAUCUUUACACAAAGGAACAGUUAUUCGAUAGGAUGUGCAUGAUGCUCGGUGGACGAGCAUCGGAAGAAAUCUUUUUCGGCCGCAUUACUACAGGCGCUCAGGAUGAUUUACAGAAGAUUACAAAAGUUGCAUAUGCACAAAUUACACAAUACGGUAUGAACGAGAAGAUUGGAAAUGUUAGUUUUGAAAUGCCGAAUACAGGAGAUAUGGUCUUUGACAAACCGUAUUCGGAACAUACGGCUCAACUUAUUGAUAACGAGGUACGAGAUUUGAUUGAAAAAGCACAUAAACGGACGCUAGCUCUCUUGAACGAACAUAAAGAAGAUGUGAUCAAGAUCGCGGAGCGAUUGUUAAAACAGGAGGUUUUAAGUAGGGACGACAUGAUUGAAUUACUUGGACCUCGGCCUUUCCGUGAAAAAUCCACCUAUGAAGAAUUUGUCGAAGGCACGGGCUCUUUCGAAGAGGAUACUACGUUACCGGAAGGUUUGAAGGAAUGGAACGUGCAAAAGGGAGAAUCUUCCGAGGACAGUAGUAAAAAGAACAAAGCAGCAGAAGCGCAGCCUUCUAAAGCAGCUUCCGGUGAUAAACAACCGGAGCAACGACUGUAAUUGUAAUAUUUUAGUCUCACAAAUGCUUUAUUAUAGUUUGAAAUACACAAUUAUAAUAAGUUUACGAUUGUUCAUCAGUA